UUGAAAACUAAUCCUAAAUUGAAAAUUCUCCACAACUCGCUCACAAUCCAUACUUGUUUGUUUGUUCUUUCAGGGAGAAUUAUGAUAGCUAGUAGCAAUUUCAUAUCCUGCAAUUUCUCCUGUCUGAGAAUUACCAACAAAUCUUGUUCAAGAAGGAUAACCCCAUUAUUAUCAUCAUUUAUUAAACCGUAUGAUUUUCAAAGAGUCUCCAAAUUUUCAGCUUUUCUGAACAAUUACGAGGAGAAGAAGAAGAAGGGUCUUCUCCAAAUAUGUCAGAAUGCAUUCUACGUAAGGAGUACUAUACAAGACCCUGUACUUGUUCCUUUAAAGGAAAACGGUGGUAGGAGUGGCGGUAGUGGGGGCGAUGGUGGUGGUGAUGGGGGUGGAGAAGAGAGAGACUGGACGUCGUCGUUUUUGCUUUUUGCUUUCUGGGCUGGAAUCAUGUACUACGUUUUCUUCCUCUCACCCAACCAGACCCCGUCAUUGGACAUGUAUUUCUUGGAAAAACUCCUCAAUUUGAAAGGAGACGAUGGCUUCCAAAUGAAUGAAGUGAUUGUGGCUCUAUGGUACAUCAUGGGUUUAUGGCCUUUGGUAUACAGCAUGCUGCUUCUUCCAACUGGUAGAAGUUCAAAGGGAAAAGUUCCUGUUUGGCCAUUUCUCAUACUUUCAUGCUUUGGUGGUGCGUAUGUGCUUAUUCCCUAUUUUGUUCUCUGGAGACCACCAGCUCCACCCGUCGAAGAAACUGAAAUGAGAAGAUGGCCUCUAAAUUUUCUGGAAUCAAAGUUAACUGCAGCGAUUACAAUGGCUGCAGGGCUAGCUAUAAUCACUUAUGCCAGUUUAUCUGGUGUUGAUGCGUGGAAUGAAUAUUUCCAGUACUUUGGAGGAAGCAAAUUUAUACAUCUCACCUCUAUCGAUUUUAGCCUAUUAUCAGCAUUCGCUCCUUUCUGGGUAUACAAUGACAUGACUGCUCGAAAAUGGGAAGGAAAAGGUUAUUGGCUUCUUCCCUUGUCACUGAUUCCAUUCUUGGGUCCUUCUCUCUAUCUUCUCCUACGGCCAUCGCUAUCAGCAGCUCCAGUUUCACAAAGCCCAACAGUAUUAGACGAGAAAUGAUUUACAGAAUCUGCGCGUUCAAAAUCACUUGUACAAAGAAACAAUUACAAUACAAUUUGCACCUGUAAAAAGAUCUGAUCUAGUUAUUCAAGAGGGGCAAGCAAGGGAAGAUGGAUUGUCCAGAAAGUCAAGGUGCACCAGAGUAUAAUUGUCUUCUUAAAAAUGGCAGGUCUUGUUUAACAUUAUGUUCAAAUGAUUUGCACUUCUUGUUUAGUAGGCGAAACAAUAGAGCCAUCUGUUAAAUUAGCUUAUACAUGCAUAAAAAUAUUAAUGUGAAAUUAUUGACUGCCUCCUGAUACAAAAUCUGAAAAUCAUAUAAUCAAUUGUGUGA